GUAUUUACAUUUGCUACUGCAAAUGUCGUCGAAAGGCUUUUUUCUUCAAGGCCAUAUCAGAAGCCAGAAGAUAUUUUGUGCUCUGGGAAGACGGAAGUGGAUUUUGAAAAAGCUUUCCGAUACAGCUGCACAGAUCUGGCUCGUUUCACUGCGCAGUUUUGGCAUGAAUGUGGCAUGAUAGUUUUUGAUGAGUCCUAUCUUAUCGGACACGCAACAUUUGAAGAAACUCAUAAAUUGCUCACAGGUACUUUAUAUUUGUCGAUAAAAAGAUUACUUUUUUUCCGGAAAAUUUUUGUUGCCUCAAAAAAUUGA